AUGAAAUUCGACGAAGACCAGGAGCUGGACCGUGGGAAGAUUGUCCAAGGACACGAGCGGUUGGCCGCAAUUCAAGCCCGCAUUCUGCCCGCCAUGUCCGCCAGACGCACGGCCCACCUGGAACUGCGGCCUCCCCAUCGCAAUCAGCAACAAUCGCCGCCAACUCCUCUCCCCAAUCCAACCCCAUCGCCCACUCCUCCUCGACAAGUACCGAAACCUCCCUCAAAACCUUCACCCUUAUCCAACUCGGUCCAUCUACCUAUUGAACUCAGCCCGCCGUGGCCGUGGAACCCAGCGGAAACACAGAUUAUCCGCGCGGGCUAUCGACCCGCCUUCAAACCUCCGGCUCCAGCAACAUCUCCCCCCGAACCAGAAGCUACCACCUCGAAAAAACGCGCACGCAAGCCUAAGCCCGCCAUGGCGGAACCUCGUGCCCGUGCCGCUCGGCACAAGGGCCAGAUGAAUUUCUCAUCCGAGCUCCGCUUACUCCUACUGGCCUACGGUGAUCCAAGCCCACACCCAUCGUUCCCCUCCGAACCACUCCCCGAAACAGUGCGGGUCCUCGACGAAAUCGUCACAGACUUCAUCCUAGAACUCUGCCACGGCGCCGCGCAAGUCGCGCACCACGCGCGCCGACAAAAGAUCAAGGUCGAUGAUUUCCGGUUCGCCCUUCGCCGGGACCCGAACAAGCUGGGUCGUGUGCAGGAGCUGCUGCGCAUGGAGCGCGAGCUGAAGGAAGCGCGCAAGGCGUUCGAUCAGAAUGAUGAUCAGGUUGCUAAGGAUGCGGGGAAGAAGGGAGCUGCGCCGCCGGAUGAUCUUGAUGCGGAGAGUGUGGCGGGUACGACUACCACGGGGAAGAAGAGUAAGGGCAAGGGCAAGAGAGCCGCUGCGCCGAGGAGAGAAUCUGACGCUACUGAGGAGUCGGUUCCGAAGAAAAGGAAGACUAUCGGAUGA